AUGGCAUGGGCUGGCGGCAUCCACGAUGCCAUCGACCGAGUUCAUGAGAGGCUUCGAGAUGACCGGGGGUCGCCCUCUCCUCCUCUUCCCUCGGGCGGCAACGACAAAGACCCUCCACGAGCUGCAGUUGGGAAGCGACCCAAAUCCUCGACUGUCAGCAGAGCGAAGCCGCGAUGGCCCUCCAGGAAGCCUUCACCUGGGGAGUUCGUCACCGACCUCGAGCGGCAGUUUCAGGAGGCGAUGGAGUUGAAGCGAGGGAGAGAGUUUGCCAGGGAUGCAUCUCCCACGGAGAAGAGCAGCGAUAUAUUACGACCAUGGUGGGAGCGGAACGAGGUUGAAGGUCGUCGAUCGAGGAGUGUCAAGGAUGACAGAGGAGAACGACGAGGAAGCGGCGGGCUCGCACCAUCGUCAGAGUCGAUUCGAUCCAGAUCUCCUUUCCAGUAUCCUGAGCCGCCGCACAACCCGGGCAAGCGGGGGAUAAGACCAUACAGUGCGUCGAGGGGAGUCAAAUCCUUUGACGAGAAGGCACUCUUCGUCGCAGAGGGAGCUAUCGAGGGGCUGGGAGAGAUGGCAAUAUCGGACAGCCAACUGCGGAAGAUCUAUAUGAGAAUACCCAGGAAGAGCGAUGCGAUCAAGUCGGUGGUAUCGAUCGACGAUGCCAUUCAGACUUUAAGAGAGUUGAGCAGGGUCUACAAGGAGGCGAGGAAUCGUUUGAAGGAGGACAAGGACAAGGAAGAUUCCCCGAAGGCAUCUAAGAAUGACUUGAAGGCCUGGAUUGCAGAGCAGAAGUCGUUGCAACGACAGGGAGGAAAGGAUGAGGCGGCGAAGGCGCUUUCCUGGGAAACGAAGUUCGAGAGAGGACAAACUGAGGACAGAAGUGUCCCACAUAGGAGCGAAGGAUUGUUCGAGGAUGAUGCAAGUCCCGAGCAGAGACAACCUCAGGCAGUUCGUUUCAAGCUUGACGAUGACGAGCGUAAGCUCGACCUAGAAACAUCCAUCGGCGUGGAGAAGAGCAUAGACGAUCUCAGAGCUUGUGAUUCGACGAUAGAAGGAUACUCGUAUGUGAAAGGCGACGCCGAUGACAUUCGUGAUGUGCAAGCCGCUGUCACCCCUUCUACUGCUUCCAGUCCCCCUCGCUCCACCCCCGCAACAGCGUCCGGUCCAUCGGCUUCUCCGAUGUCUGAGGACGUCGUGCCCUUCGAGGACCUCAUUCCUCAAUCUGUUCCUGAUGCCCUGAGAAAAGCUGCGGAGUUCCUGGAGCAGGCAAGGCGCCUCCAUCCCCCUCCCCCUUCCUCACAUGCCGGCAGAACGAGCUGGACGUCGCUCACGAGAUCUGUUGCCACGUCAUCCGCAUGA